GUGAUGGCGAAGAUAGCCGAGUGGAGACGCUAGUCUGGACAUGGUAAUUUACUCGGUUCUGAAGCUCCCGUGGAGAGUCGUUACAAUGCGGGUUGCAAUACUUUUAAGGAAAUGCUGAUAUUCUGAGAAACUCUCCUGCGAACAAGUUUCAGUGCGUUUGUGUGCACAUUAAAGAUGGCUGGACAGUUCCGAAGCUACAUAUGGGAUCCAGUACUUAUCGUCUGCCAGAUUUUGUUAAUGCAGUUAAUCUACUAUAGCUGCUUAGGACUGUGGAUUGCAGCGCUGGACUUGGUCGUUCACUACAGCCCUUCCCUUGAUCAGAUAUUUAAUUAUGAGGUUUUGGGAUUUUCAUCAGUUCCCGGGCGUGUCUCAAUGAUGGCUUUUAUCCUGAAUUCAUUGACAUGUGCUUUGGGCCUAUUGUACUUUAUCCGCAGAGGAAAGCAAUGCUUGGACUUUACUAUCACAGUCCACCUGUUCCACCUGUUUGGUUGUUGGAUUUAUACCUCCCACCUCCCCUAUACAUUUACCUGGUGGCUCCUUAACCUUGUCUGCAUUGCUUUAAUGGCAGUGAUAGGGGAGUAUUUGUGCAUGAGAACUGAACUUCGUGAGAUUCCUCUCAAUUCAGCUCCCAAAUCCAAUGUGUAGACUUUUUAAUCCACUGGACGUUUACAUCAUACCUCUCCAAAACUUCUAAUUCUUCAGUAUUCUUACAUUUUCCAUUGGUUGACAUGCCAACAGCUUUUUAGACUGGUAUCUGGACCUUCUCAGCUCUAGAUUUGCAGAAAGGGUUGCUAAAGAUGGCUCCCCAAUGGGCAUAGCAGUACGGCACAUGUUUCCGAGUGUCCCCUGCUUACUCUGAACACACACACGGUUACAGAUUUUGUUUCUGUAUGUUUUACCAGCUAUUCACAGAAAUCUUCAUUUUGGUCAAUAUAUUUCCUUGAAAGAUUGAUAUGUUUCUGUUUACGCUAAUUUAUGGAACUAACAAAUUUCAUAUCUGACAAUGACCAAAAUAAAGAUAAGUCAAUGCGCACCUAAUUUGCAGGGAUUUUAGAAAUAUAAAUAAAGCAGAAUCAGGAUGGAGAAAGAGAACUGAAUUUGUACCCAUGUGGGAAUAAUUGGGAGGUGAGGGUGGAAGCUUAACAUUUAUUUAUACAUCUUGCACUUUGAACCAUUUUGGAAAAUGAUAUAUUUUGUUUGUGUGUAUGUGUAGCUACGUAUGUGUAUGAACCCCCAAACUGUGGCUUUACAGUUAGCCCUAAACUACAUCUUACAAUGUCAUUAUCCAGGGAUUGCCCUGACCUUUGGAAAAUACUUGUCUGGCCUUCCUUGCUAAGUAAAACAAUAAGACUCUCCUGUCUGUCCUCUCCUGAGGGUUGUGCCAUUUUAUUCUUAUGGAUUCAUUAAAGGGGUUGUUCACCUUUAAACAACUAGUUGUUUUCAGAUAGAUCACCAGAAAUAAUGACUUUUUCCAAUUAUUUUCUGUCACCGUUUUUCUAAUAUUGAAGUGUAAAGUGUCAUUUUUCAUCUUCUAAAGCAGCUUCAGGAGGGGGGGUCGCCGACCCUGUAAACAUUUCUUAUCUUUGUCCCUGCUGAGCAGAAUCCCUGACUUUCAUUACAGGCAGCUGUUAGAAUUGAUACAAUAGUUACUAAUACUCCUGAGAUGCUGCUGAGAAAUGUAUCAACUCAAUGUUGCAAAAUUUGAACAGUUCAGAGUCUGCACCUGAAUUACUGAGCUGUCAGACUCAAACACCAGAGACUUUAACGGCAAGGCCAGACGCGGCGUUUUUGCGGCGUUUUACGUUGCAAGCACAGCCAGGCGUAAAUACGCUACUGAAACCACAUGCGACCGUCGACAUGUGUUUUUCAGCACGUAGGAUUCUUUUCCCAACAUGCGCUUCUCAUUGAAUUUGGACGCCAUAUUUAAAAUACGGUAAGUGUGGUUUCAAACGUGCAGAUCCCAUAGAGUCUAUGGAUUUGGUAGUUUCUUGACGUAUUGGCGUUUCUGCUAAAAAACUUCAAUACUGGCGUCCUGUGGCGGAUUUCAGCUUGCAAGCGCCCUGUGUGAAUUGCCAUAGUGCGUUUUCCAUUCGUUUCAGUGGUAGUGCAGUUUAUGCGUAUUUACGCCUGGCUGUUCUUUUUUAAAAACGCAAGGGGUUGUUCACCUUCCAAACACUUUUUUAAGUUUAGUUUUUUUUUUUUUUUCAGAUUGUUCCCCCAGAAAUAAAGACUUUUUUUUCCAA